CCUUCACCAUCAUUAUUAUUCGGAGAAAGAAAAAAACUGAAUUUAUUUUAAGAAGCAAAUAUUUUUUUUUGGCUUGUUUGUUGCUACUCACUAUCCUUGUGUGUGUGUGUGAAUGUGAGUGUCAAACAUUGAUUUGGUUCAAGUUCAUCAUUCGUUGGAUUUGAUUCUAUCGAAAAAAAUGGAUCGAAUAAAUGGGAUAUGGAAUUUUCAUCUAGAUUCAUCAAAUGAAAAUAUCCGGCAAAUGAAAUUCUAUUCCACCGUUACCGGUGCUGUUAUUCUACAUAUGUUGAUCGGUGCCGUUCAAAUGGGUAAUAUCAUCACCUAUAUAACAUCAUAUAUGCGUUUCUAUGUUUCAAAAGAUAAUAAUUAUGGCCGUAAUACAUGGAUAUCAUCAGUUAUAGUUUUAGCAUUCACUAUAUUCACUAUUAUCAGUGGCUAUAUGACUAGAAAAGUUUCAUUUCGUGCUGUUAUUUUUCUUGGUGCCUUAUUGAUUACAUUAGGUAAUUUUCUUGCAUCAUUAGCAGUGAAUGCAUCAUUCGAAUAUCUAGUCGUUACAUAUGGUUUUAUUCAAAAUGCUGGCUGUGGUCUUAUCUAUUCGAUUGUUAUUGUAACAUCAGCAAAAUGGAAACCUGAAUAUCGUGGUUUUAUUGCCGGUUUGAUUAUUGCAAUGGAUUCAAUAUCAACAUUCAUUACAAUGGAAUUACAAACAAUGUAUUUUAAUCCAGAUAAUAUUCCACCGGAUGAUCGUGGUUAUUUUACCGAUCCAGAUAUUCUUGAACGUGUACCACAUUAUUUUCGUUUUGUUACCAUAAUCUACAUUAUUAUGGGUGCCGUUGGUACUUUAUUAAUGUUUGUUCCACCGGCUGAUGUACCACAACCAUCACAAAUUAAUGUUUCACAACAACAAACAACAACAACAGCGAUGACUAUUAGUGAAACAAUCGAUAAUAAUCAAUCAUCAUCAAUAAUAAAUGAUGGACCACAAGGUCUUCAUCAUCGUCAUUUACAAGCAAGAAAUAUUGAUGAUAUUUUAUCCAGUUCAUCGGGAAUUUUUCCAUCAAGUUCAUUAACCGAAAAUCUUAUUGAAAAUGAUUAUCUUGGCAUUCUGAAAGAACAAUUUGAUCAUGAUGAAGAAUAUCUUUCAAAUAUAAAUGCUAAUCGUACAAACAAUUCAUCCGAUAAAGAUUUAACCGAUAUGAAUAAUGAACGUCGACCAAUUGUAAAAAAUUAUUAUGGUGUACGAAAAGCAUUACGCACACGUAUGGCAAUGAUUCUAUUGAUUACGUUCGGUUUGAGUACAAAUUCAUCAUAUUUUAUAGGAGCCAUGGGUAAACCAUAUGGUCAAACAUUCAUAUCGGAUGAUCAUUUUCUUUCAACAGUAAUUGCUUUUGCCAACAUUGCCAAUUGUUUUGGUUCAUUUUUUUGUGGCAAAUUAUUGGAUCGUUUUAAAUUCAAACGUACAAUGAUAUUUAUCAAUUGCCUAGUAUCAGCAUCAUAUUUUAGUUUUAUAUUUUCCUAUUAUUUUGCUCAUAAACUUCUGUACACCAUAUGGAUUAUGGUUAUCAAUUUUGCAUCAAUAGGUUUUUUCAGUUCACAUUUACCUGAAGUUAUGAAUAAAUUUGGUGCCAAACAUGCUACAGCCAUUUAUGGUAUCAUUCAUACUGGCCCGGUAAUUUCAUCGUUAGCAUUGAGUCCUGUUUUUGAAUUAUUAAUCAAUUAUUAUGGAUGGUUUCCAACAUUUUUAACUGUUGGUUUUCUGAAUUUUAUCAGCAUGGUAAUCAUCAUGAUUUUCUAUCGGGCUCAUACGGUCAUUUAAAAACACAAAAGGUUCGAAGCUAUCAACGAUCAAUGCACAAUAUUAUUAAUAAUAAUCUAGGGAUUUUUUAUUUAAAAAAAUUUGAUUUAUUUUAAAAUAUUUUUAACUCGU